CACAAAUUAUCAUUCCUAAGUUCAAGAACCAUCUACAAACACCAUGAUCAAGUCCGUCAUCUUUCCCAUCAUCUUGGCCUUGUCGGGCAUGACCUUGUUAUCCGUGGCUUCACCCGCUCAACCCGAGGAUCCUUUACCCGAUGAUGUUCAACAAUACGUCCUUACCGAGGUCAAACUGGUUGAAGGUGUUGAGGCUGAUGAGGAUGUGGACGACGACGAAGAGGAGUCCAACAAUGGGGUCCAAGACAGGAUCUUGCCCAGGGUUUGGUGCCGAUUGAAGUGCGCUCCCAUUUGCAUUGCUCAGCCCAAUGCUACUUGUGUGUGCACCAAGACCUUCCUCGGGAUCUUUCCCCUCUUCACCAUCAACCUUCCAUGUUGCUAGAUGAUGCUGGACCUGUCUUAUUUCUUUCGCAUUAAAACUUCAAGACAAAUCAUGAAAAAUAGACAAUAAAUCACUCAUACUGCAGCAAUCA